CUUCACUCCACUCUUUCUUCUUCAAAUUUCAGUUAUGCACCUUUAAAUUAUUUAGUUUUUGCGAUUAACGUUAAUUCGUAAGUUUUUUUUUGUAUUACUUUUCAUUGUCAUUUGUGAUUUUUAUGUUAGUAACUUAAUACAAGUUUAUUGCAUAUGGAAUUCCAAAGGUUCACGCUUGGGUUGCGGUGGAAUGGUUACACGGAAGAGACCGAAAAGGGUGUAAGUUACGUGGGUGACAAUUUUUAUAAAAUGAAGGUCCGUACGAGACCGAUACUUGAUGAGCUCAAUCAAAUGUGCACUGGGGUUACCUGCAUGGAUGGCACUAGAAAAGUUGAUCGUAUGGUGUAUCGAUAUCCAAACAGACAUGGCGGGUCGCUGUGAAAUGAGGAAUUCUGUGGAAUGAGGAAUUCCUCAUUACAACUCAGGAGGACGUUGGUGCCAUGGUCCAAUUUUUUUACCACCAAUAAAAUUAAACAAGCGGAGAUUUUCGUUUACACCGAGGGGUCGAAGGCGGUGUAGGUUAUUCUGGAGAUGGCCAAACAUCUAGUAUCCAUGGUGGGAGUGUAUUAUACGAAGAUCAUCCCCACUAGGAGUACCAAGACUCGAGCUGGAGGCAGGAGUAUCAUGAUGGAACUGGAGGUCAUCAUCAAUCAUUCCCAUCAUAUGAAGAAGAAGCUCAACAGGCGGAUGAGAACCAACAAGCAGGCUACCAGUACCAACCCGGGUACAACUUCUACCAAAGCGGCGUUAGUUACCACAACUACCAUUACGGAUAUGGUGAAGGUGAAGGUGCCUUUCACGAUGAUCAUAAUAUGGAAGAAGAGGUCAAUCCAAGUCCAGUUAGUGACCCUGAGGUUGAAGAAGAGGAAGGCGAUGUCAGUGCAGACAACUUCGAUCCUCUUGAAGGUGCUGAUGAUUCCGGUCCAGAUUCAGACGCAGACGGUGAUAAGGUACCUCGCGACCGUGUACCUAUCCCGUACUACAAUCACAUUCCAAAUGAAGAUUGGUAUGUUGAUGCCGACAUGGACCCGCCAGAGGUGCCAGUAUGGGGUCCACUCACUGGCUUUACUAAGGACCAACAAUUUGCAACAAAGAAUGAGGUCCGGAACGCUAUUGCCACUGAAUCAAUGACUCGGAGUUUUGAAUGGCACACAACCCAUUCCGACACGAAGAGGUUGAUGGUUAGAUGCAAAAAUCAAAAUGAGGGAUGCAAAGCUAGGGUCCGGGCCAUCAAGAGCAAGAGAGUCGACCAUUGGGUUAUAUCCCAUGCGGUGAACACACACACAUAUGUGUCAUCAAUAACAUCCCAAGACCAUCGACAGUUGAAAUCAAGGGUGGUUGCCGCGGCUAUCAAACAUCUAAUUUAGGAGCAGCCCGACCUGAAGGUUAAAACCAUCAUCGCCGACAUUUCUAGUUGGUAUGGUUAUAUCAUUAACUACAAGAAGGCGUGGCAUGGAAAACAGAAAGCAAUGGCCGCCGUGUUUGGUAACUGGGAAGAAUCAUAUGCAUUCCUUCCCAUAUUGAUUUUGGCGUUGGAGGUGUCUAACCCUGGCACUAUUUUCUCUCCUCGCUACCAAGAUGAAGAAAUUCAGUCGCCAGUGCCUGGUAACAAGCAUCAUUUCAAGCGUCUUUUCUGGUCAUUCAAGCCAUGUAUUUCCUAUUAAGCUUAAAUGAAUAUCAUUUUCAAAA